AGAGGGGCUCCACAGGGCACUGGCCAAAAGGACGCUGGUGUGUGUGGGAAGGAGGGGUGACGUGAAGGGGAGGAGGGCAGAUCCCGAAACGCCAUCUGAUGGGUGGAAGGAAGUGGAGGGGGGCGCUACUUGCACUUGGCGCUCGAAUGAUCAGACCUGUGGCCCGUGGGAGGCGCGGCGGCCGGACUCCCUGGUUACCCGGACUCCUCAAAUUAGGGAGCGACUCGCGAGGUAAAGUAAGCGCCUGGCCGACUCCUAAAACGCGCCCGCGCCGGUCCUCCCGCGCUCGCCCACACUCGCUCGCGCUCCGAAUUCAGCCUCGUCCCUCCUGGGCCUCAGAGCCCACGGAACUUCCCGGCCCAGUGGCGGCGGCGAGGAGCAGGCCGUAAAACAGUGCCUAGGGUUUUUCUUGUUCGUUUGUUUGUUUCGAACAGAUGCCUACGACUUCUAAUAAGCUGCCUGGUAAAAUGAGUCUAUGGAAACGGUUGCCAGGACCGGCAAACGGCUCGUCCCGGAAAUCCUUGGACGCUUUAGUAACAGUGAAGCGACUGGACCAAUGCGGCACCCCUUCCGCUUUCGUUGCGGGGCUAGCCGAGUCCUGCUAUAGCAGUUUUCAUUUGACUCCGGAAAUGAGGUCUUCUAGGUUCCUCCCUCCCCAAAAUGGCAGCUGGUGAAGACGAGUUACUGCUGCCACGGCUCCCCGAGCUGUUCGAAACCAGCAAGCAGCUCCUGGACGAAAUAGAAGUAGCGACGGAACCCACCGGGUCCCGGAUAGUCCAGGAUAAGGUGUCAAAGGGGCUGGACCUCCUUGGGAAGGCUGCCGAAAUGGUAUCGGAGCUCGACUUGUUCAGCCGAAAUGAAGAUUUGGAGGAGAUUGCUUCCACCGACCUGAAGUACCUGCUGGUGCCAGCGUUUCAAGGAGCCCUCACCCUGAAACAAGUCGACCGCAACAAGCGUCUAGAUCAUUUGCAGUGGGCUCGAGAACAUUUUAUGAACUACUUAACCCAGUGCCAUUACUAUCAGGUGGCAAAGUUUGAGCUGCCCAGAACCAAGAACAACUCAGCUGAAAAUAACACUGCUACUUCCUCCACGGCCUAUCCUAGCCUCGUUGCUAUGGCAUCUCAAAGACAGGCUAAAAUAGAGAGAUACAAGCAGAAGAAGGAGGUAGAGCAAAGGUUGUCUGCACUGAAAAGUGCUGUGGAAAGUGGUCAAGCAGAUGAUGAGCAUGUUCGUGAAUAUUAUCUCCUUCACAUUCAGAGGUGGGUUGGCAUCAGCUUAGAGGAGAUCGAGAGCAUUGACCAGGAGAUAAAGAUCCUGACAGAAAAAGACUCCUCAAGAGAGGCAUCAACUUCUCAUUCAUCUCAUCAGAAGAGGCCUCCAGCGAAGCCCUUUAUUCUCACUCGGAAUGCGGCCCAAGCCAAAGUAUUUGGAGCUGGUUAUCCAAGCCUGGCAACUAUGACAGUGAGUGAGUGGUAUGAUCAGCAUCAGAAACAUGGAACAUUACCAGAUCAGGGAAUAGCCAAGGCAACACCAGAAUUAAAAAGAGCAGCCCAGGAAGAUCAAGAACAAAAGGAGGAAGAGGACGAUGAGCAAACACUUCACAGAGCACGGGAGUGGGACGACUGGAAGGACACUCAUCCUAGGGGCUAUGGCAACCGACAGAACAUGGGGUAAUCUCCCCACAGCACGACAAGACUACGGGUCGCACAUCUUCCCCACCAAGGAAAACUAUGCAGUCUUCCCCUCCCGAGGCUCCUGCUUCAGCUGUGUACAACGAAAGCCGAAAUGCUGAGUCUUGCUUUGCGUUCAAUAAAGUGGCAAGUGAUUAACUGUGUAUUUGUACCCUAAAGAACUAGCAAUCUUGUUUUGGCAUUAUCUUCCUAAUCAUGGUGUAUUCUGAUUUCUUGAAUGGAAAGAAAAGAGCACUGAGAAAUGGCUCUGUAUAAUCAAUGGCUGUAUGAAUUCUCUUUAAAAAAUAAUAAAGUCCCUUCCAUUAAAGAGCUGUGCAGAAA